CGAAACCUUUUGUAUGAAAGUCACUUUGCCGUUAUCUCAAGAGUACAAGGCAUGAAAGAAAGGAAACUGCUCACGGCCAUACUUUUCAGCGCCUAUUUAGCAACGUUCGAAUGCGAUUUGAAAUUUUCCCCACUGAAUUACGGUGUCAGAAAGGUUUUAAAGACUCCUGUUCCCAUAUGGACAUUCAACACAACGAAAGGAAAAGUCGGGAAGACUCGAUGUGACGUUGACAUUCUGCUAACUAUAAGCAAAACUCAUAUAAUUUAUCAUCACUUGUGCUACGAAAAUUUGGAAAAGAAGAACGUAAGAAUGUUAGGAACAUUUGAUCCACGUAAUGAGAACCGAAUAUUUGUCCAAGCCAAAGGCUCUGUGUACAAUGUCACAGACGAAAUGCUGUAUUUGAAUUGGAGAUGGAAGUGUGCGGUCUUCAAAGUCACAACCCCGUGCUAUGGCAUGUGCUCUUGGUAUGAAGUGAGAGUAUGGAACCUGUCUACCGCAUUGAACAAUGCACAUGUCUGCAUUGGAAAAUUCAAGAAAUUAGAGCCCUACGGAAGAGGUGUUUAUGACGAAGACUGCCAAAACUUAGUUCAUAAAAGUGCACAACUGCCAUUACUGGUUUCUCCUAACCCAAAACAAGAGCGAAAAAGAUUGUAAAAAAAUAUGCAUAAUAUUUUGAUUCAUUAUUGAGGUCAAUACCAAUUCUGUAUAAAAAUUUAUUAUAGUGUGUGCUAGUUUUAAUGGUUUUGUUUGUGCUACAUAUAAAGUAUAAACUGAAAUUGAAACACAAGCGUGGCACUAGCGAUGAUGCCGACGCAAAAUCCAAUGUACAGCCAAGAACAGCGUGUGACAUUAUAUGCAGUGUCCUUUUCAUCAGAAACAAGGUACCUUGGGUAUGCAGUUCCGCUAAAAAGUUAAAAAAGUUAUAAAAAGACUUAGAGAUCUGGAUAAAUCGAAGUGGCUUGGCACGCUUUGCAAUGUGUCAGUGAAUCAUUGUUUUUACUGAAUAAACGUAUUGGCUAGCACGA